AUGGUUUUAUAUCGACCACCUGGCAAUCAAUCUUUUUCUGCCUUUCUCGACGAAUUUUCUGAGCUUCUUGAUAUGACUCUCCUCAAGCCAUCUCCUAUUUUCAUCACAGGCGAUCUGAACAUCCACCUGGACAGUCUGUCCUCACCGAACACACAGAAGUUCAAAGAUCUCCUUAGUAGUCAUGGUGUAUCUCAAAUUGUCACCUCUCCUACCCACGACAAAGGUCAUACACUUGAUGCAGUCAUCGUGAGGAACUCUGAUAAUCUGCUUUGCUCUGGUCUGAAGGUUAUUCCUGGUAUUUCAGACCACUCUGCCAUCACCUGCCGGCUUCGUCAUAAAAGGCCUCUUCGAACUGACUCCACGUUUACCUGUCGCAACAUCAAGGCAAUAAAUAGAGAAGCGUUUGCCAAUGAUGUUGCCAGCUGCACCAUUACAGCCUCUGAUACGGACAGUGUAUGCAAUGCUGUGCAAUUGUACAAUCUUCAGCUCAGCACACUCCUGGAUUCUCAUGCACCGGCCAAGACGAGAACCAUCAAGAACCGUAAUGACUGUCCUUGGUUCAAUCCUGAUAUCUCCGCAGCUAAGAGGAAACGCAGGAGACUUGAACGUAAAUGGCGUUCCAACGGUAAGCUACACAUCGACAGAGAACUAUGGUGUGCUCAGAAGAACUUGGUAAACUCCAUGCUGAUGAAGGCGAAACGCUCACAUUAUGUUGGUCUCGUUGACGACUGUGGUAGCGACUCACGCAAGCUCUUCUCUCUUGCUAACCGUCUUUUGAAUCGAAAGAAGUCUACCCCUCUACCACGUCACACUGAUAGUCAUGUUAUGGCUGAGACGUUCAUCCAGUUCUUCCAAGCGAAAGUUCGGACUAUCUGCGACACUCUUCACCCAGAUGAGUCCUGUCCUCAACCGUUCACUGCGACCUUACUUGAGACUCUGCAUCCUACCAAUCCAGAUGAGAUUCAAUCAAUUCUUAGGAAAAUACCACCUAAAUCAUGCCAGUUAGACCCGAUUCCUACCAUUUUGUUAAAAGAAUGUUGCACUACAUUUGCUCCCAUUAUUUCUCAGAUAGUUAAUUUAAGUAUUGAUCAGGCUGAAGUUCCUACUUGUUUGAAGGUUGCCUAUAUCACUCCACUACUGAAGAAAAGUUCUCUUGAUCCAGAGGAGAUAGCGCGAACGCAGAUCUCCGCUACCAUAAAUUAUACGCCCGAGUUCCCCACGUUUGGGGGAAUCGCAAGGUUCAGCAAGCCGGAGUGCAAUGGCAAGCCUCGCCCUGGGGGUGCAUCCUUCUUGAUCAAUGCGACCCCUGCGCCAGAUAUUGAGACCGGAGCAAUUUUCGCAGGAGCAUAUGUCGUGUCACCAUCGACAGAUCCCUUGCCUAAGUACUAG